AAACGAAAAACUAAAAGUUUUCUGUGCUUCUGAUCAAACUGGAUGUUCAGAGUGACUGAAGAGCAGAAGAUGGAGGAAGUUGAGGAGAGGUUCAGUGGUCUAUUCAAGUCCAAACCAGAACCCUCAGACACAACAGGUCAGAACCUCAGACAGAGACCAGAACCUGCAGGACCUGCUGACACUCCAGGACCCAGCUGUCUGUCCAUGAAGAGUGAYUGGUCCAGAGACAAUCCCCCAGACCUCAACAAUGAGCCUGACCCUAAAGACAAAAGUUCUUCAUCAGGACAAAGAUCCAGAAGCAGAAGUGGACUACAGACAGACAGUCAGGGCAGCUGUGUCCAAGAUGUUGGUCUGCAGGAGVUUUUAGAUGAACAUCAGAUCAGUCUGAGGAGGAGAUGUGAAAGUUUGACUGAAGRUGAUGAAASAGGAAGUAGAACCCUCCUCAACAGGAUCUACACUGAGCUCUACAUCACWGAGGGACAGAGUGAAGAGGUUAAUACYCAACAUGAGAUCAGGCAGCUGGAGACCGCUUCCAAGACCCACAUCCUCCAUGAGACUCCAAUCAGGUGUCAGGACAUCUUUAAAGCCUUGCCUGAUCAACAUGGAGCCAUCAGAGUGGUUCUCACCAACGGCGUGGCUGGAGCUGGAAAAACCUUCUCAGUGCUGAAGUUCACUCUGGACUGGGCCGAGGGCUUGGAGAACCAAGAUGUCAGUGUGCUGGUUCUGCUUUCRUUCAGGGAGCUGAACCUGAUCGGAGAUGAGCAGUACAGUCUUCUCAGGCUGCUCCAUGUUUUCCAUCCAACACUCCAGAAGCUCCCAGCAGAGAAGCUGGCUGUCUGUAAACUUCUCUUCAUCUUUGACGGCCUGGAUGAAAGCAGACUUCAGCUGGAUUUCACCAACAGUCAGCUGCUUUCUGAUGUCACACAGGAGGCAUCGCUCAACGUGCUGCUGACAAACCUCAUCAAGGGGAACCUGCUUCCCUCGGCUCUGGUCUGGAUCACUUCCAGACCUGCAGCGGCCAAUCAGAUCCCUCCUUCAUGUGUGGACAGGCUAACAGAAGUACGAGGCUUCACUGACACCCAGAAGUACGAGUACUUCAGGAGGAGGUUCAGUCAUGAAGAUAUGUCCAACAUAAUCAUCUCCCACAUCAAGACCUCCAGGAGCCUCCACAUCAUGUGUGCAGUCCCAGUCUUCUGCUGGAUCACUGCUACAGUUCUGGACCACAUGUUGACCACAGAGGAAACAUCAUGUUCUACCAAGAAGACCUGAAACAGUGUGGUCUUGAUGUCACAGAGGCCUCGGUGUACUCAGGAGUUUGUACAGAGAUCUUCAAAAGAGAGUGUGUGAUCUUCCAGAAACCAGUCUACUGCUUUGUUCAUCUGAGUGUUCAGGAGUUUCUGGCUGCAGUCUACAUGUUCCACUGUUUCACCACCAGGAACAAAAAGGUGAUGAAGAGGUUUCUGGGAGAGAAGUACAGAUACUCAUCUCUGGAUGACUUCCUGAACAGAGUCAUUGAGAAAUUCCUCCAAAGUAAAAAUGGUCACCUGGACCUGUUUGUUCGCUUCCUUCAUGGCCUCUCUGUGGAGUCCAACCAGAGACUCUUARGAUGUCUGCUGGGUCAGACAGAGAUCAGUCCAGGAACCAUCCAGAGAGUCAUCAACAACCUGAAGAAAAUGAAGAGUGAUAAAGUUUCUCCAGACAGAAGCAUCAACAUCUUCVAGUGUCUGAUGGAGAUGAAGGACCUCUCAGUUUAUCAGGAGUUCCAAGAGUUCCUGAAGUCAGAGAACAGAUCAGAGAAGAAACUCUCAGGGAUCCAGUGUUSAGCUCUGGCCUACAUGCUGCAGAUGUCAGGGGAGGUUCUAGAUGAGUUGGACCUGAGGAUGUACAGAACAUCAAAGGAGGCUCGACUGAGACUGAUUCCAGCUGUGAGGAACUGCAGAAAGUUUCUCUGAAUCAGAACCACCAGAAGAACCCACUUAAAUGUUCUGAUCCACCAAAAAACCUCCAAGUGUCUUUCCAAAGCAGACGUCUUGAUUCUCAGAGACAAAUUAAGAGUCUGCAGAGAUUCACUGAGUUACACAGUCAGAGGAGAUGAAGAACAGAUGUUCAUCAGAUGAUAUCACUGUUUACUCAUCAGAUGAUUUCACUGUUUACUCAUCACAUGAUGACAUCACUGUUUAUUAGACAGGUCAGCUGAUUUUAUUACAACUGAUUUAUUUUUCUGU